CAUCCUCCUCUCGUCCACUGCCGCAGUGUCGUAGGCGCAUCUGCUUCGGAGUCAACAUGGAAAAGUUCAGCCGCUUCCGCGACGCCGGCACCGGCAUCCAGGUCUUCUUGCCGCCCGUCACACCUGCUGGAAACACAUCAGCGCUGCAUCUGCUGGCACUGCCGUUCCUCUACGUGCUGGGUGCGGCGCGCGGCGUCCUGCUUCUCGCCGUCGUGCUCCUGUGGACGCUGCUGGAGACGUUGCUAGGCCUGUUUGGGGCCCGGGCAGCGGUCCGCAGUGUCUUCGUGCCCGUUGUGCUGGCGCUGCUGGGCUUCUACGGCACGACGCCAGAAACGAUCUCGCUCGCGACGAGGGGCCGCAACGCACCCGCGCCAAGUGCGCCUCCACGCGUGGGCGAUCUCAUCGUGUCCAACCACUCGUCGUACAUCGACGUGCUGCUGCUUAGCCGCGCAUGCCCGUCGUACCUGCUGCCGGUUCUCUCGCCCUCGGCGCCGCCGCCAUCCGCCGCCGCAGCCCGCGGAGCAGCUCGCAAGCGCGGUCCGGGCGCAUACAUGCCUGAAACUCUGCGCGAGAAAGUCAGCGGCGAGGCGCGCCUGGUGGGCUGGAAGGCUGUCGGCCUCGUGACCGCCCUGAUGCAGGUCGCUCGACCGCCGCUCGAAGGUGACGCCAGCGAUGCAGACGUGAAGCCUUUUGACAAGGCGCUGCAAGAGGCCAACGCGCCCUGCGUGGUGUUCCCAGAGCUUGUCACUUCGAAUAACCGCGCCUUGCUACGCCCGGCACCGAUCUUCCCGACCACCUGGCGGGAGCUAUAUGCGCGCACGGGUGCGCUGCGUGAUCUGCCGCGCUCGCCGCGCAUGUACAUCACCGCAAUCAAGUACGAGCCGCCAUCGCCGCUGUCGCCAAGCGCCACGACGAGUGUGCCGCGCUCACUUGGCGCCAGCAUCUGGGCCGGACUCAUCGCGCUGCCGCGCGGCGUCAGCGUGCGCGUACUUCAUCCAGCAGAGGCACCGACGGGCCAGGCAGCGUCGGCCGACGUUCGCGGCGCCGAGCGCGGCCCGCAAGAGGCUAUCGCUGACUCGUGGUCUGCACUCUCGCGGCUGCGUCGCACAAACCUGGGCUUUGAGGAGAAGGAAGCCUUUCUCGCCAUGUAUCAGCGCCGGUAGCCUGCGUGGCCGUCCACGCGAAGUGGAGCAAAUGGGAGGCAACUCGCACGCCGCCUGCCGUCGUCCCGCGCACGUCGUCGAGCUGGCGCGAAGCUGCAGUCGUAGUAGGUGGCAUUGCGGCGCGCACAGAGGCCGCACAGAACAGCGAGGGCGCGAGUGAGCGCAGCGAGUGAGAGAAACCGUCGUAAUACGAGCACGCCUGAAGCCGGAUGCGUUGAGCGCAGAGCGCCUCCCAUCCUCCGUCCCCU